AUGCCCGAUAGUAUCGAGGGACAGUUUCAUCUAUCCGGGAUUAAAGAUGAAGUACCGAGGUAUUACUAUGCCUCGCCUCAUCUCGAUCCCAAGGCCGCUGCUGAGGUGCAGGAUAUCCUCCUAAAUGUGCCUACCGAGACACCGUAUACACGUCUCAAGGAGGCGCUCGUCGAAUGCCUCACGCUCUCCCGGGACGUACGACUCCAGCAGCUGCUCGACCGAGAUGUAUUGGAUGACAGGAAGCCCUCGCAAUUCCUGCGUCAUCUCAGGAGUCUCGACGACACGGUUCCUGACAACAUUUUACGCACCAAGUGGCUCAGACGACUGCCGAUGACGACGCAGUCCCUGCUGGCGUCACAAGCGGACAUGGCUCUCGACAGGCUUGCAAUACUCGCCGACAAACUGCACGAGAUCGCAUUGCCGGUAGCCCACAUCAAUGACGUCCAGGAGCCAACAUCCUCAGCCCUCGAGACAUGCUUUUGUCGUCUCGAAGCAAUAAUCUGCGAGCUGGCAUCGGCCCUAAAAGGGCAAAGCGUCGGUGCUAAUGUCAAAGGCUCUCACCCCGUCGCCUGGACACCUGAGGGCGAUACCGCUUUCACCGCCUGCAAGGAGGAGCUGCGAAAAGCAACGUUAGUGAUCUACCCGGACACGACACUCCCGUGGGCCAUCUUCACCGAUGCUUCCGAAUACGCCAUCGGCGCAGUCCUGCAGCAACGACGAGGACAGCACUGGGAACCACUGGCAUGUUUCAGCUAG